AUGAAAAUUGUUUGUAAUAUUUACGUGGGAUAUCGCAGUCUGCCGAAUAAAUUAGCUGCUAGAGGAAGAAAAUAUGUAAAAUCCACUUUGGCUCUCUGCAAACAUCCUAAAUCUGGAGAAUUUUGCAUGAUUUUGUUUACUAGUCAAAAUCAAAAUGGUACAAAAUAUGCUAUAAAAGAUAAUAUCAAGCAGGUUUUAACCAAAUUUGUCAAUGAAGGAAAAUGUACAGUUCAGUUUGUAUCACCAGAACAUGACUUGUUUAUAGAUUCUGAUCCUGUACAGUUGAAAGCAUUUUUACAUUUGUUAAGAAGAGCAUUAGAAAACAAAAUUUCGAAUAAGGAAUUAACGACGUCGAGCAUUGGAGUUACAGGAGUAAAGUUAAAAGAUAUGCCAUCUAAGACAUUGUCUAUACAAAAAAGAUCAGAUUAUCCAAGUAAGGGUUUUCCAAGAACUUUAGAAGAAUUACAUAUAAAUGGUAUAGAUAGAUGUGGUGUUGAUAUAGGAAUUUUUAAUUUAGUAAGACUGAAAGUUCUAGAUUUGAGCAAUAACUUAAUUGAAACCAUUCCCAAAGAAUUGAACACUCUACCUAAUUUAAGGGAAUUUAAUAUAUCCUGUAAUUUACUUUUUAAAGAAAAAAGUUGGAAUUGGCUUGGAGGGAAUCUUUCAAAAUCACUUCAAAUUUUAAAUCUAAGUCACAAUAAACUUGAGUAUGUGCCUAGACAAAUAUCUCAUUUAAGUCAACUUGAUACUCUCAACUUAAAUAACAAUUGCUUGAAAAAAUUAAUACCGGGUAUUGGUAAAUUAAGGAAUUUAAAAAUAUUCAAUGCCAGUAAUAAUGAGCUUAGUACCUUACCCGGCAAUGUAAAAAGUUUAUCAUUAAAAUCAAUAGAUCUAUCACAUAACAAUUUUCAACAGAACAUUCCUACUAGAUCAGUAAGUUCAAGUGAACCAUUGCCAGUGUGUACAUUAAAGGAAUAUGCUGGACGAAAAGUUCUAGGAGCCAGAAUACCAUAUCCACCAGGAACUCUUCCCUGGACUGUUAUUGCCUACUUAGAUAGUGCCAAUUUUUGUAUGUGUGGAAGGGCAUGCUUGGACAGAUUUAUAAAGACUGCUCAUAAUUUGAUGCUGACCAGUAUUGCAGAAAGUGUUAGUACUUCUGUUGGUGAGAAAAUGUAUGUUCCAGUUGAUUCAUAUUUUUGUUCCGUAAAGUGUUAUACAAGUGCUUUCAGAGCAAGAACAAGAAACCCAAUUAUUAGGUAG